AUGGACACGAAGGGCACCGCUAAAAAGAAAGAUAACGACGACUUCCCACUGGAGUUCCCUAUCGAAGUACCCGAAGACCCUCUCCGCGCACCCCUUCCAGAACCUAUCGGCAAGAUUCGCGUCGGUGACCAUCACUACGAUAUGCUCGAAAUCAUCUUCUCCAGCCAGGGUCUUGUUGGUCGUGGACACUGGGUCCUGGGGGGAGAGAAGGAGGCCAUGAACGAAGUCAACAUGAUGAGGAAGAUGAAUGGAGUCCGAGGGGUUCCUAAGCUCGUCGAGCAUUGGAUCGUCGAGUCCAGGAACAAAAUCGACCAAACUGCAAACUACCGCUGCGCGCGGAGACCUUUGCAUCAAUUUCGCACGAGGCUAGAGUUGCUUAGUUCAAUACGCCGCUAUCGUGAAGAUUCAGAAGGAUGCGGUGGAAGAGCGCAAUAUUCUCCACCGCGGACUGUAGUCCUGAACAAUGCGAUGAUCGAGGACGACGGGAAAGACCACACAUGGGAUGCUGAUAGACUUGGGGGUUCGCCAAUGUCUAGGGCACAUUACCAUUCAAUGUCUCGAGCGCUUCUCUUGCAGCUCCACCUCUGUGAUCCAGAUGGAGCGGAUGAACGCAAAAAGGCCUCUGAUUCGAAACCGAACCCUGCCCCCCUGAUCAAGCAUACCUACCACGAUGACCUUGAGUCGAUGUUCUUACAUCUUCAUCUGGAUCGUAUCGAAUUCAGAGGUCCGCUUGGGCAUGAAACGUAUUCUCAAGCAAGGUCCCGACUGGAUACCGGGCCAAUGGUCCGCGGACAAGUUUCAAAUUGUGCUGUGAUGCCAAAACACAUUCUUCUGGCACACGGAGCACUACGUCAAGGAACUUACCGAGCAGUCCAUCCAUACUUCAAAAAACUCCUCCCUGUCGCGCUGGAAUGGUAUCAUCUGAUGAGAGAACCGAGUAGGGUAACUUUCAACGACAUAAUCGGGAUGUUGGAGAGACAUAUCACGAUUCUUCCGAUCGAUGAGCCAUCGCCUGAGCUCCUCGUCUCACAGUGGUUACUUAAAGGGCUUAAUGCAGAAGGCUCUGGGAGCGGUGGCGAAGAAGGGGAGUCACAAUCACCCAUACGCGAGACUGCAGUGCCCCGGACACGCCUUAACAACAAGCGACUCGGAGUCACUGAUUACCGAUGGACAAUGGAAAUGGCACCCAAGGCAAAAGGAGUAAGACUGGAUAGGGGUGUUUAG